AUGUCUUCCCUCAAGCCCGUAGACCGCUCGACCUUCACCCCCUUCAACCCGGGCCUGGUGCUGGACCCAAACAACUUCAUGGCGGCCAUCGCCAUCAUCCUCGACUACAUCAACUUUGGCAACUCGAGGGUAGAAGUCGUCGAGGUCCGCGACCUCGCCCAGGCCUGGUGCAAGGAGUACUUCAACACGCCGCUGUUCGCCCGGCACGAGCUCGACACGGUGCUCGAGCACCACCCCAACAUGUUCAACUUUGCCCUCAUGUCCCGCGCGCGCCUGGACCCCCUGCCCCCCGAAGACGUCGCCAUGGACGUCGACGGGUUCCCUGCCUACUGCGAGCCCAGCCUCUUUGACGACCACGUCAUCCACCAGCUGGUGGACGUGGUGGCUGCGAGGCAGGCGCAUCUGCAGCAGCUCCACGGCGCCAGCGACCACUACGCCCAUGUGCUCCCGCAGGUCUCGGCCGCCAGCCUGAAGGAGACGCGCAUCAUAUGGAACAUUCCCGGCGUCAUGGCGAGCCUGGCGAGACUGAACAUUGCAGCCUUGGACGACGGCACCGGAUACCCCAUGUUUGUCGACCCCCCCGGGCCGACGGCGGAGGACGGCUCCAUGGACGCCGGUGCCGCGUCGACGGGACGGGCGUCGGGAUGCCGAUCCGAGAUGUCCCUGGAUAACAGCAGCGGCUCCUGCUCCAUGUCGUUGGAUAGGCCCUUUGACGACGGCCCGGAGCUGUCGGAUGAUUCGUUCCAGACGGCGGAUUCUGGCGGCACGUUUCACACGGCGCGCACGUCUUCCUGGGCCGGCCUUGCGGCUCCCGCCGGUGACGACUCUCGGAUGGACACUGUUGUCGAGGAUGCUGCGGCCGAACAGGGCCCCGCGGGUGAGGCCAUGGAGGGCGUGCUCCGCGGCUACUUUGGCAUGAUCAAGAGAAGGAUUGGCGAGGCCAGAUUGCGAAUGAUGAAUGCGGGCGACGAGGACAUGUCGCACGGCGCCAAAGCAACGUGUGUAUACAUCCAGACAGGAGGAGAACCCUUUGGCCAAAGUGACCAUGGGCACCGUCAGCUGCAAAAACCACCCACCACCACCCACCACCACCCGAGCCUCAAAAUAAACUCGAUCCUCGGCUCGCUCGCCCUCGCGGCCCUCGCGCAGGCAACGUACCCCAUCACCGGCACGACGGUCAACUGCCGCGCCGGGCCAGCCACCGACCCGGCCAUCGUCAGGGCCUACAAAAAGGACGACAAGGUGUCCAUCGCCCGCCAGACCCAGGGCCCGGACAUCAACGGCGGCACCAUCUGGGACAAGACCGCCGACGGCUGCUACGUGUCCGACUACUUUGUCUAG